AUGGGAGAAACUGAGCUCUGCUUCCCGCAGCUCUUCAACACCUCCUGCUGGAAGCCGAAGCGUCCACUCAGCGAGGCUGUGCUCAUUUACUCUGUGCUGUCCUUCAUCUCUCUGCUCACUGCUUCUCUCAACCUGCUCGUCAUUAUCUCCAUCUCCCACUUCAAGCAGCUCCACACUCCCACCAACCUCCUGCUGUUGUCUCUGGCUGUCUCAGAUUUCUUCGUGGGCCUUAUUAUGCCUUUUCUGAUUGUCCAAACCAACGGCUGCUGGUUUCUUGGUGACCUUGUGUGUGUAAUAUAUACUGUUGUGAAUUGCCUAAUCGUCUCGGCCUCAGUUGGAACCAUGGUACUCAUAUCAGUCGACCGCUAUGUGGCCAUUUGUGAUCCUUUCCACUACUCCACUAAAGUCACUGUGACAAGAGUUUCCGUCUGUAUUUCUCUCUGUUGGUCUUUCUCUUUCCUGUUCAACAUCCUCCUAUUGAAGGAUAACUUCAAAAAAGCAGGCAGGUAUAACUCCUGCCAUGGAGAGUGUGUAGUGGUUGUUAGUUACACCGUCGGAGUUGUGGACUUAUUCAUGACGUUUGUUUGCCCUUUUACAGUGAUCAUAGUUAUGUAUGUGAGAGUGUUUGUGGUGGCUGUGUCUCAGGCCCGGGCCAUGCGCUCUCAGAUUAAGACAUUUCAGGGUGCAGUGACUGUGCGUGCUAAAAGCUCUGAGUUGAAAGCCACUAAGACUCUGGGUGGAGUUGUCCUUGCCUUUCUCUCAUGCUGCGCUCCAUUUUAUAUUUCAUCUCUUUUAGGCCAGAGCAGCUCAGCUGGGUUUACAUCUAUUCCCAUAGAAUCAUGGCUCUUUUGCCUUAACUCCUGUCUGAAUCCAAUGAUUUAUGCUUUUUGUUACCCCUGGUUUCUAAAAUCUGCCAAGCUCGUUGUCACAUGUAAAAUACUGAAGUCUGACUCCAGUGACAUCAGAAUUUUGUAG